AAACAUUGAAAGGGGCAUGCAGUAAUUAGCCCUAAAAUGGAAGCGUAAAGUUGUGAAGGCGUACAGGAAAGCAUCUAGAGCUUUCCAGCUUCCACUGCUUUUCCUUCAAUAUUUACCCUUUUGCGUCUUCGCAAUUAUAAGUUCCCUCAACUCUUCAUUACCCAUCAUCCUCAUAACCUAGUUUAACGGUACAACUUCUCCUACCACAGAUCAACAAUAGCAAAGAUGAGCCGACAUCCUAUGGUAAAGUGGGCUCAGAGGUCUGACAGGUUGUUUAUAACUGUUGAGUUACCGGAUGCUAAUAAUGUGACACAUAAGCUAGAGCCAGAAGGAAAGUUUUUGUUUUCUGCCACAACUGGAGUAGAUAACACGCCUUAUGAAGUUGAAUUCGAUCUUUUUGACAAGGUCGAUGUAAAUGAGAGCAAAAUUAGUGCUACCUCCAGGAACAUUUGUUAUCUUGUAAAGAAGGCUGAGAAUAAAUGGUGGACUAGACUCUUAAAGCAGAGUGGAAAGCCUCCUAUCUUUCUGAAAGUUGAUUGGGACAAAUGGGUGGAUGAAGAUGAGCAAGACGAGAAAGUUGGAUCUGACAUGGAUUUUGGUGACUUUGACUUCUCGGUAAGUAUCAAACUAGAAUAUGUCAUGAGUGAUUCAUCUAUUGUUUUUUUGGAUAUUAACCUGCUUCCAUAUGUUCAGAAAUUAAAUAUGGGCGGAGGUGGAGAUUUUGAUGCUGAUAUUGCUGACAGGGAUGAAGGAGAUGAUGACAGUGACACGGAGGAUGAAAUUAAGGAAGAAGGAGCUGCAGCUAGUGGUGAACCACAUACAGCACCUGCUAGCAGUGAAUCAGAAACAAAAGCUUGAAAGGACGGGGAGGAGCAAGAAACUUGAGAGGAUCUGAGCAUGUCGGUCUUGGUUUUUUUUAAAAUUUAUUUAGUCAUAUGACAUAUGCUGGGAUACGCCAUCGUUUGACAUGUUUAGCUUGUGUGCUUGUUAUGGUGUUUUGAAUAUAAUGAAUUUAGGCCUUUUAACAUGAAGUAGGCUUGUAUUAAUGUCACUAAUCCACUGUGGUUAUACUGCUUGUUAUACUCUUGAGAUCAUUAUCCACCUUCUUCCUUCUUCCUUCUUCUGGCUCA